AUGCUCAGUAUUCUUUCCGAGUCGGUUCCAGAAGAUUUUCUUCCAUUAUUUAAUGUGACAUUCUCGUCGGAUGUGAAGAGUUCGAGUGUCUCAUCGCUCUUUGUCCUGCUAUUACCUGCUUCACAACUCUCCCGGACGGAGAGUCCUGAGGCAUCAAGGUUUCUAAACAAGUCUUAUCAAGGCUUCAAACUCGAACGUGCAGACUGGAAAGUCCAUGAUGUUGUCAAGGGGCCUGCUAUUGCACAACAAUCUUUCUCAUCUGCAAAAUACCCAACAACCUAG